AUGGCGGAAGACAAAUGUGUAUGUGUUGUGAAGGACAAUUGGAUUCGGAACUGUCCUGUCACAGUAGGGGAUGUGCGGCGGUCCCACUCCAUCUAUGGACCACCACUACCACCAGUGAAGGGCCGGACUCGUUACCAGUCGUCAGCGAGAGUCAAGGAGACCGAUAUUGUCCAGAUCCCAAAGAGCAUGUACAAAGAUCUCAAAAACGUGACGCUUUGCGUUGACUUUUUUAUAACCAAAGGAUCCAUUGUCAAGGAGCUGAAGGAUAUCUUCAAACUCUACAAUGCCCGGGGUUUCCGAAUCACCGAAAUCCACGCAGACAACGAAUCAGGAAAGGUGGAGAAAGACGUCUUGCCGGCCCUACUGGUCUGCUGUGAAGUGGACGACCACGUCCCAGAGAUUGAAAGGUCUGUUCAGACCAUGAAAAACGACAGUCGGUCAACAUGCCAUGCGAUGCCAUAUUUGUGCUACCCAAGAAUGAUGGUACAAGCCAUCAUCAAGACUGGAGUUGCUUUUCUCAACGCUUUUGGAUCCGCCAAACAAAGUACGAAUGGGCUCUCGGCUUGGAACACUAUUGAAAAUCUUCCACAUGUUGACCACAAUCAUCUGAAAUACGAGUGCGGCGAGUAUGUUCAAUUGCACCUGACUGAAAAGGUAACGAAUACGAUGAAAAGUAGGACCAUUGGAGCGAUCGUUUUGGACCCAAGAAAUCUGACUGGACAAUACAACUUCAUGUCUCUAGAAACCGGAAGAGAAACCAAUGGACGAGUGACAACGGCGAUGCCUAUCACUGACGACGUGAUCAAGAGAGUGGAAGAACUCAGACUUGAACAACAGCAGCCGUAUCGAGAAUCGAAAAUGCUGAAGUAUGAAUGGAGACCAGGACAACCGAUCUCCGCGGAUGACAUCGUUGCACCUGCUGAAGCAGCACAAGACCCGCUAAUCUUGCCUGAACCUAUCGUCAUAAAUCUGCCAAAUGCUGGGCCCAAUCCUUUUGUACCUAUUGAUGUGGAUGAUCUACCAGGAGCGGAUGAAAUUGAGACAGAACUACCGGACAAUCAAGAGGAACAAGGGGCGGAAACUCAAGGAGCGCAAGGAGCGGAAAUUCAAGGAGCGCAAGUCGAAGCACUGGCCGAAGAUCAAGGAGCGCAGAACGGCAACCAAGAGCAACCAUAA